AUGUCCGGCGGUAAAUUUCAAGUUAAGGCCUUCAGUCUCGGCUUGAGCUCGAACCGACGAACUCAACAGCAGAAGGCCGAGAAGCAGCGACAGGAAGAAGACUCGAAAGCCGCGGCUCAAGCCUACGAAGAGUUCGUGGCCACAUUCGAAAAUGACAAAGCGAAGCCGAAAACUUUCGUCAAAGCUGGAAUCGUCGCUCCUGGAACAGGCGAGCGGGAAGUAUCGAAGCAGCUCUACAAGCCGCCGCGGAUGGACGAAAUUGAACAGAAGUCCAGGACGCCUCCCUCCAGCCGACACAGCAGCGAGUCGUCAUCACAUUCGAGUCGAAGCCACGGUGAUCAGAAGCCGGCGAAGCCCGGUCGGAAGAAGAACGAACCGAAAAAAAAAUCGGUUCUCGAGCUCUACAAGGAAGAAUUGAAAAUAAUUCAGGAAGAGCGUGAAGAGAGACAUCGACUGAAAGGUGUUAUCAAAGGCCAACUCGUCGAUGAGCCGAAACUCGAGCGUCAUCAUCACCAUCAUCAUUCUUCAUACGAUUCGGACGACCCGAACACGACAAAUAUCUACAUGUCCAACCUGGAUUCGUCUCUGACAGAGAAGGACCUAUGCGAGCUCUUCGGUGCGUACGGGCCCCUUGCUUCAAUCAAGAUAAUGUGGCCACGUACCGACGAGGACCGCAAGAAAAAUCGAAAUUACGGUUUCGUCGCGUACAUGUCGCGUAAAGACGGCGAGCGAGCAAUGUCACUUCUCCAGGGAAAACCGGUUCGCGGGCUGGACAUGCGCAUGUCCUGGUCGAAGCCCAUCGUCAUACCCCCGACCCCGAUCUACAUUCCUCCAUGUAUGCAGCAUCUGACCAUGCCACCUGCUCCGUCCGGGCUGCCCUUUAAUUGCCAACCCCCUCUGGACAGGCAGAUCUCGUUGGAAAAAGCUCAAGCGCUGCUCGAGGAAGACGGCGAGGAGUUGCGGGAACUCGUGUCCGUGUCGACCGUGCGUGUCGUUCCGCCGAACGACCGCACCCUCUUGAGUCUUAUACACAGAAUGGUCGAGUUCGUCGUCCGGGAAGGACCGAUGUUCGAAGCGUUGGUCAUGAGCAAGGAAUUCAGCAAUCCUAUGUUCAGAUUCCUUUUCAAUUUUCAAUGUCCGGCGCACGUCUACUACCGGUGGAGGUUGUUCUCGGUGCUACAGGGAGACAAUCCGAGCAAGUAUCGAUUGAAAAAGUUCAAAAUCUUCAAGGAGGGCUCCUGGUGGAAGCCACCGACGCCAAAUCCUUGGAUCAAGGGGAUGCCCGAGCACAUGUUCAAGAAAAUGGAAGCCGAACUGCGUAGGAAAGAGUCCAAAACCGACGGCGAUCCCGCGACGGGUAGACUCGACUCGAGACAACGCGCCAAAGUAGAAUACAUGGUGAGAAAUUUGACGCCGGAAAAGAAGCGAAUCGGCGAAACGAUGAUGUACUGUAUCGAGCACGCGUUUGCCGCCGAAGAAAUCGUCGACCUCCUCGUCGACUCCCUGGACAUCAUCGAAACCCCACUGUACAAGAAAAUAGCACGCUUCUACCUUGUGUCCGACAUACUGUACAACUGCACGGCUCGAUUGCCGAACGCCAGUUUCUUCAGAGUAGCUUUCGAGCCGUUCGUCACGAAAAUCGUCAAGGCUCUCACGACUACAUACGAUACCAUCUGCGAUAAGGAAACGGCCACGCAGUUCAAACAGCGGGUGCUGAACGUCUUGAAAGCGUGGCAGGAAUGGUCCUUGUACUCGAAAGACGUCUUGCUGCAGCUGCAGAAUAUUUUCAUGGGUUUCGACAAGAAGUCCCUCGUGGACAUCGACGACGUUGACGACGACGACACGAGUAGCGAAAAAGACGAAAAGGAGAAGACAUCCGGAAUCAAAGCACUCGUGGGCUACGGAAGCGACGACAGCGAGCAUGAAACGAAGGAAGACGACACAAAACCGAAAUUCGUCACGAGCAAGUGGGAAACCGUCGAUCCCAAAGUUGUUGAGGAACAGGCGGUAACGACUUCGAAAUGGGAUAUCUUCGAGGAGGACAAGGAUCAAUCGAAACCGAGGAAUCGGUUUCCCGGCGAAGAUCAGGAUUUGCAAGAAACUCAAAGCCAACUAGACGAGCGCUUGGACUCUGAACGUCGGAUGAAACUGAGGGAAAUAGAGUGCGAAGUGCUGAAGUUGCAGGACGACCUCGAACGGAAACGUCUCAGUCGCUCGGAGAUCCAAGAUCAGUGUCGAGAAUUCCGGGAGAGACUCGUGCGGAGAAUGGAGGACGACGAAAGACGCAGACGCGAUGAAUAUUCCUCGGGGAGGAGCAAAAGGAGAUACGACGACGACGACAGAAAACGAGACUCUUUCCGGAAAGAUACCAAACGAUCGCGGCGAAGUCCUUCGCCGAGGAGACGCUCGCCUUCGCCGGUCUAUAGGAAACGGAACGAUCGGAGGUAUUAA